AUGUUUACACACCAAUUAUGGAUACACAAUAGGCAAAUUCUGUCCAGGCGUGGAUUCCGCGGUCAACCCAAAACCUCACCAGAUGGCCCAACUUUCUUUUGGGUGGAUCGCAGCCGGAUCUAUCCAACCAUGCCAUGCCACCCGAUCCAGGUUGUCUGGACUCUGCUGUCCACAAGUCAUUUCCUUCUCGCAUGCGCACGACCCUGUUGUUGGCCACAGCCACGGCCACGGCCAUGGUCAGGAUCGCAACCACAGCCACACAAGUUCUCUCUCGCGCGCGCGCACAGCUCACGGCCGCACGUCAACGGCGAACUAAGAGCUAGGAGCCCAAGCCUAGGCCGGAUGGUCGGUGGGGAGUAA